AUGGCCCCAAUGGCGAGCUCGAGAGCUCCCCUCAUGGCGAUGGUGCUGCUGGUGGCUUUGGUCUUCGCCGGCGGCGCCGAGGCCGGGUUUCUUUCCAGGUCCAAAAACAUCACCGUGGUCGGCUCCGUCUACUGCGACGCCUGCUCCAACAACACCUUCUCCAAGCACAGCUUCUUCCUCAAAGGGGCGAGGGUGCUGAUCAAGUGCAGCUUCAAGGUGAACAACUCCACGAGCGUGGCGCCGGAGGAGAUCUCCCUGGAGGCGGAGCGCACCACGGACCAGCACGGCGUGUACAAGCUGGACGUUCCCCCCGUGGACGGCUUCGAGUGCCGGGAGGGGCACGAGCUCCGCUCGGCGUGCCGCGCCACGCUCGUCCGGAGCUCCUCCUCCGCCUGCAACGUCCCGGGCCUCCGCGGCUCCACGCAGCACAUCGCGCUCCGGGGCUCCCGCGGCGCCGCCAGCGCCGCCGCGUGCUUCCUAAACCUCAACGCGCUCAACUUCCGCCCCGCCAAGCGGGACGGCGCGCUCUGUCAUGGCGGCGGUGGCUCCAACGGCGACGCGUUCGAGUCGUCGCUCUUCUUCUGGCCGUUCCUGCCGCUCUUCUGGCCGGCGCCGUUCGGGUUCCCGUUGCCUCCCGCUACGGGCGGCGGCGGGGGCGCCGGAGGGACGGUGUCGUUCCCGUGGCCGUUCCACGUGCCGGAGUGGCUGGUGCCGUUUCUGCAGCCACCGUUCUUGCCGUUCCCGCUGUACAAGUCGGCGCCGGUGUCAUCAGCGCCGCCCCCGUUCGAACGUUUCCCGCCUCCACAACGAACGGCGGCUCGGCCGUGA